GCCGCGGGCCGGAGACGACAUGGCGGCGUCAGCGUCGGCAGCUGCAGGGGAGGAGGACUGGGUCCUUCCCUCCGAAGUCGAAGUGUUAGAAUCUAUCUAUCUGGAUGAACUACAAGUGAUUAAAGGAAGUGGCAGAUCCUCACCAUGGGAGAUCCUCAUCACUCUGCACCCAGCCACCGCGGAGGACCAAGACUCACAAUAUGUCUGCUUCACGUUGGUGCUGCGCGUGCCAGCACAGUAUCCCUAUGAAGUGCCAGAGAUCUCUAUCCGUAACCCCCGAGGGCUGUCAGAUGAGCAGAUCCUCAAGAUCUCACAGGCACUGGGCAGCGUGGCCAAGGCUGGGCUGGGCACUGCUAUUCUCUACGAGCUCAUUGAGAAAGGCAAGGAAAUUCUCACAGAUAACAACAUCCCCCAUGGCCAGUGUGUCAUCUGCCUCUAUGGUUUCCAGGAGAAGGAGGCCUUUACCAAAACAGCCUGUUACCACUACUUCCACUGCCACUGCCUGGCUCGCUACAUCCAGCACAUGGAGCAAGAGCUGAAGGCGCAAGGGCAGGAGCAGGAGCAGGAUCGGCAGCAUGCUGCAGCCAAGCAGACGGCGGUCGGUGUGCAGUGCCCAGUGUGCAGAGAGCCCCUGGUGUACGAUCUGGCUUCCCUGCAGGCAGCCCCUGAACCCCAGCAGCCAGUGGAGCUGUACCAGCCCAGCGCAGAGAGCUUACUGCAGCAAGAGGAGCUCAAGCGGCUCUACCAGCGGCAGCAGGCGCGGGGGGGCAUCAUUGACCUCAAGGCGGAGCGGAACCGGUACUUCAUCAGCCUUCAGCAGCCUCCUGCCCCUUUGGAGCCAGAGUCAACUGGAGAGGUCUGCAGGGGAUCCUCCCUCCCCGGGGCGCCUGCCACAGACCAGUCUGCCUCACCAGCUGCCCAACCCACAGUGCCAAGUCCUCUGCCGGGGGCCACCCAGCACGUGUGUGAAAAGAUUUCCAGGGCCAGGCCGAACCAGAGGUUGGGUGAGACCCAAAAAGCCAUGCUAGAUACCCCCCGGCCCAGUCGGGGCCCCUGGCGACAGUCGAAUCGGAAGCACCUGACGGGAGGGGAGUGCCGUGCCCCCAAGGGGACCAGAGACACCCAGGAACUGCCACUUCCUGAGGCAGCCCUCAAGGGACCCGCGGAUCUAAAGCCAGAACCCCGUAACCAAGGGGUUGAAGGUCCUCCCGAAGAGAAGGGGCCUGGCAGCUGGCAGGGGCCCCCAUCCCGCAGGACUCGGGACUGUGCUCGCUGGGAGCGUUCCAGAGGUCGGACACCAGGCUCUUCGUACCCCCGCCUGCCUCGGGGCCAGGGAGCAUACCGUGCUGGCGUUCGGCAGGAACCUGUGGGCCUGGAAUCUGAGGAUGGGUCCUAGCGCUACUGGGUGGG